AUGGAUCUUCAUAAGACUGAAGGUUUUCCUCCUUUGAUCUCUACAACUGACCGUAAAGCUGGUGAUAAUGUCACCUUCUCUUGUCAAUCACCGAAGGACCACAGGUUCACUCAGUGGUAUAAACAGUCUCCUGGAAUGAUGGUCCAAACGAUGGCUGCAGGAGUUUUUGAUAGUGUUACUCAGGCUGAGCCUUUUGAUAACACACGUUUUUAUUUUCUCCGAGAAAAUGAUAAGUUAUCUCUAACCAUUUCUGCAAUUACCAAAGAAGAUGAAGCCACAUACUUCUGUCAAAGUGGAACCGAAUUUGUACAAACAUUUAUUAAAGGAUUCCUCUUAGUUGUAAAUGACUAUAAAUAUCAGAAAACUGUUUAUGUGGAGCAAAAUCCAGACACUGCAUCAACCAAACCCAGAGACACCUUGAUUCUCCAGUGCUCUCUUUUUUCCACGAGUAAUGAAACAAGACCUCAGUAUCCAAAAAAUAACUUGGUUCACUGGUUCAAAGCUGAAUCAGGAAGCUCUCAUCCAAGUAUUAUUUACACUGCAAGUAAAAGCACUGAUUAUGCAGGGAAGAGAAGUUGCGUCUAUCACCUCUCAAAAACAUUGGAGGACUCUUUGGAUUUCGGAACUUACUACUGUGCUGUGGUUCUUUGUGGAGAAAUACUGUUAGGUGGUGGAAGUACACUGGAAAAAAAGCCAGACUUGCCUGUUCUUUUCCUUGGAGGACUGUUGCUUUGCUGUGUUACAGUGAUGGUCUGCCUUAUUAUCUACAUACUUUGGAGGAGAGUUUCUGAAAAAUCAUCAGGGAAAAAUGCCUCACUUGCUAAUGCUGCUAAUGGUGGUUCAACUCCUGUUCAUCCAAAAGACUUGGCCAGAGAAGAUGCGAAUUAUGCAGCAGUACUGGAAUUAUGUGCAACAAACAGGAGACAGUGGAAGAAAAUGAAAGAGAACACAGAAUGUGUGUAUUCUAUAGUUAGAGCCGAUUCACGAAAACACAGCAGCUCUAAUUAGAUUCUCAGAAUUUUAAUGAUUCAGGAAAAUCGGGACCAGGAAAAGUCCAGAAGUUCUACUCUUCCUGCCUCAUGCUAAAUUCUACAAUAAUUAUGGUAGUUGUUUAUAGUUUUAGUGGUGUUUAUCUGCAUUAACCAAAUACCUUUUACAUGGGAAUAUGACAUUUUUCUUUCUUCAUGUUGGCCGCGUUUACAAAAGGGGCUUCAAAUUGGACUCCCUCUUCAGAUGCCAGAUAAGCUUCCGUUUUUUUCUUUUUUUGUAAUUAUGUCAACAACAGCAGCAGUAAUAAAACU